CACUCUCGCCACACCCCCACACGACUAUAAUGGUACAGUCCUCGGUCUGUCAGGUUGAAAUUGCACACUUUCAAGGGCAGUUACCAAGAGUGUCAACUAUAUCUCGUGUAUGAGCUCUAUCGUGAACAUGCUUUGCAGAGUUGGUCAAAUACGCAGAUGUGCAGCCAGCCUGAGCCAAACUUUGAACCAGGUAGCUGCAUCGAGGCAGAAGCACACGCUCCCUGACCUGACCUACGACUAUGGUGCCCUGGAGCCCCACAUCAACGCAGAGAUCAUGCAGCUGCACCACAGCAAACACCAUGCCACAUAUGUCAACAACCUCAACGUUACAGAGGAGAAAUAUAAGGAGGCACUUGCAAAGGGAGAUGUGACAGCACAGGUGGCCCUCCAGCCUGCUCUGAAGUUUAAUGGAGGAGGCCACAUUAAUCACACCAUCUUCUGGACAAACCUGUCGCCAAAUGGAGGAGGCGAGCCACAGGGGGAGUUGAUGGAGGCCAUCAAGCGGGACUUUGGCUCCUUCCAGAAGAUGAAGGAGAAGAUGUCUGCUGCCACAGUGGCAGUGCAGGGUUCGGGCUGGGGCUGGCUGGGCUACGAGAAAGAGAGUGGAAGACUUCGUAUCGCUGCUUGUGCAAACCAGGAUCCCCUGCAGGGAUCUACAGGUCUCAUCCCCCUCCUUGGUAUCGAUGUAUGGGAGCACGCCUACUACCUUCAGUACAAAAAUGUGCGUCCAGACUAUGUGAAGGCUAUUUGGAAUGUCAUCAGCUGGGAGAAUGUGAGCGAGCGUCUCCAGACCGCCAAAAAGUAGAAUCUAAUCCUCGGAUAUCUCCCACAACUUCUUCCACCUUGACCUAGAUCAAAUGGUAGUUGCAAAUAAUGUUCAGGUUGACCUUGCAUUAAGUUCUCAGAUGAUCAUCUGCUUCAAAGUUGAUUGUUGUUAAUAUACUUCCUAUAUAUUGGUGCAGAUUAUGGCAAACAUAAUGCCCUAGACACACACACACACACACACACACACACACACACACACACACAGGUUGAAGCAUCUCAAAAUUAUUUGCAAGUUCAUUUUAUCUCAGGUUGGUUCCCAACCCCAAGACUUUUUCAACGCACAAAUAGGCCUCCCUUUACACCAAGGCUGACUUCUGUUAAACAAACCCAAACACUGUCUGCCGUACAUGUGAACUAGGUAUCAGAUAACGGAAUGCAUAUUCAGUGGGCUUUUCUUUGUCAGAAUAACUCACGCCAAAAUCCGACAAUGUUAUUGCAGUCCAUGUUUGAUGUAUUAUAAUAAAAUUAUAGAAUUUCAAUUA